UGAGCCUCGUGCAACGUGCAAGUUCGAAUUUACAGUUUUUAUGUUUGGUCUUCUAAAUCAUCUUCGCCCACUAUUUAACUCCAGUAAGUCCAUCCUAUCAAGGUUUAAGCACAGCAUGCGUUUAGUUCAGUUCUUUGAAGAUGAAAGACAGAGAGUUGGGGUUGAGAUCCAAACUGGCGGAGAUAUAAUGGAUAUCAGUGCUGGGGAUCCUUCCAUUCCUAGUGAUAUGAAAUCAUUUUUGGAAGGAGGUGAAGGAAUGAUGUUGAAAGCUAAGAGGUUUGCAUUGCAUUUUUGUUACCGUUCCCACAAUCUCUUUUCGAUAUUUUAAUAGUGCUUGCUAUUUAGGGGCAGCUACAUAAAAAAAUAUAUAUAUGUGAAGGGUCAAAUAGUCCUUUUAGCUUGGAUGUUUUGUUUUCCCAUUUCAGACAGAUUUUGGGUCCUGCAUGUAAGCAUAUUGGUAAUGGUAAUAGGACUGAGUGGAAUACAAUUCGGUUUGUAAUCAUACGAGUGAUUAACAGCGGGAGUGCGAUUUGUUUUAUAAUCACUCGUAUGAUUACAGACCGAAUUGAACUCCACUCAGCUCAGUCCUGUUACCAAUUAAUCAUAACUAUACCACAAUUAAUUUGUAAUAUUUAGGCUUUUUUAAACUUAGUCAUAGUCUUCUGUGUAGUCUGAAUUUCGAAACCGGUUGUUUUGCAUUGAGGAGGCCAUGCCCCUUUCAGUAUUUUACAAUAUUAUUGCGAUGGUUCACGUCGUUGCAGCAGUUUCAACACCAUCUUCAUUUCAUUUGUGGCCAUUUUAAAAUUUUGCCUGUCAAAGUGUUACCCUAAGUUGGGUUUGUUAUACAGUGAAACCUGUAUUAAGCAGACACCGUAUUAAGCGGACACCCUCUAUUAAGCGGACAGUAGCUGAAGUCCCCAAAUUUAUUUCCCUUAUUUUCUGUAAAUGAAACCUUUAUUAAGCGGACGUGGACACCUAAAAAGUAUCUGAAAUGGUCAUUUCUAUUGUUGCCAACCUGUAUUAAACGGACACUUGUAACUGAAUUCCACCAUCCAACAUGCCAGACACUGGAAAUGUGAAAGAUUGCCUCGAAUUGCCACCCCAAAAAUUUUUCGAUUUUUACAUUAAAAAACAUGCCUUGACGAACUUAUUUGAUCAUUUUCUCAGUACAGUACUGUUUCCUAUUUCAUUUUGUUUGUAUAGAGCUUGUUUCACUUAUCUGAUUUCUUCAAUUUUGAGUUGCAAUCUACGUUUAUGGUACUGUGAUCAAAUUGGUCCACUUUGAUGAAGAAAUUAGUGCAAACGUAUAGCGUCAUAGUCUCUGGGACUAUUCUAAACGUUUCCACUGUUCAUUUCAAUGGCAUUUGACACCUCGUGUGACGUUAUCUAUCGAAACCUGUAUUAGGCGGACACCCUGCAUUAAGCGGACACUACAGCAUUCCCCAAGGGUGUCCGCUUAAUACAGGUUUCACUGUAUUCUUUGUCUUUUCUUCUUUUUAUUCCAAGUUUGUUCUAAGCAUGUUACACGAAUGAUUUCAGUGUUGUUGAUCAUGGUCAGCAUAUUCUCAAGAGAACAGAAGUAAAGCUGAAGGCUCCAAUUCACAACCCUGGAAAAAUUAUUUGCAUUGGAAUGAACUACGUGGACCACUGCCUUGAACAGAAUGUUCCAACACCCACAGAACCCAUUCUUUUCAGCAAGUUUAAUAAUGCAAUUACUGAUCCAGGAGCACCGAUCAUUUAUCCCGAUGAAACAGAGGUUUGCAUAACACUUUGGUUUAGUUCCUUUUUGAUAUUGAAAUGAAAGAUUUGCCCCGGUGAGUUCUUUAUUUCAAAAAUUUAACACACAAGAUGCAUACCAAUUUAUUUGGCCAUAUUUUGUUUAAUUUCAAGAAUGUUACUUUGAUUUCUUUCUCACAGGAAUUAGACUUUGAAGUAGAACUUGCUUUUGUAAUUGGGAAACCAGGAAAGAAUAUUAAGGUAUUUUGUUCAAGGCAAUUAUAGUUGAUUUACUUGUGGUUUUUAUCAUGUAGAGUCGUGUAUGAUGGGAGCUUAAGAUACGUGUAUACUAUUAAUUUUUUGCUUCCUUGUCAGCAUAUUCUAAUAAGGGUACAUUUCUUCAGGAAAAGUGGAAACAAAAUAAUGGCCUAGUUCAGUUAUUCAAGACUAUAUUUAGGCACUGAAACUGUUUUCUGUCAUCUGUUGCAAAGGAAAAGUUGGGCCAACUUUUUCAAUUUUUAAUGCUAUGCCUGCAAAAAUCAACAAAUUAUGGUUAGUGCUCCAUGAUAAAAUGUUUUUGAUAUCUACUUCAUUAAACUAUACAGGUGGAGCAUUUUGUGUAUGGGUAAUUAACUUAUAUAGGCACUAAUACUAGUAAUAACUGAAGGUUACGGAGUGCAGGUGACAAUGAAAGGUCAAAAUGCUUUUGCUCCAGUGCUGUGCUUUGUGUAAGUUUCACAUGACAGAUGGUCAAAACACAUGUGAUUAGAUAUGAAAGUACAUUCUGUGAAUUCCAUACAUUCUUAGUGGAAGUCCAAACGAAUGCUGGCUAUGCGACACUUGCGUAAUAACAACCUGGAGAUUAGGAUUGCGGGCUCCUCUUGUCGCCUGCCAUAAAUAAUGACUUCAGCUCAGAACUGACCUAAAACAGCAAUAUCAUCAUGACAUGUAGCUGCUUUAAGAGAUCAGAGGUGAUUGUUGUUUACCCAUAAGUUAAAAAUUAACUCCUUUAUUCUGUUUCUAAAACCUUGAUUAUAUUUCUCAGAAAAGUGAAGCCAUGGACCAUGUGGCUGGGUACACUGUGGCACAUGAUGUUAGUGCUCGGGAUUGGCAGCUGAAGAAAAAUGGUGGACAGUGGUUGUUAGGAAAAACGUUUGACUCAUUUUGUCCACUUGGUCCAGCCAUAGUCACCAAAGACUCGCUGUCAGGUAAUGAGUGUGACAAGAAGAUGAGAAAAGAAGAUGGUUAGAGCUGUGAAAGGAAAGAAAGAUAGUAAUUUUAUAACAAACUAAGCAGCAGGUUGGACAUGAAGACAGCAAUGAUUUAUUAAGAAUUUAGUUUUCUUGUUCUGGAUGCAGCUGGGAACUGAAGUGCAGUGGGUAAUCCCACUUUAUUGUCACAGUUUGGAUUCACCAGGUUUGGGCCAAACUAGACUACAAAACAGUUUGUUUACAGUCUCUUUGACCUACUACGUUAUAUGAGGGGGACAUUGGGGGGUACCCAAUACCGUGAUACCGUAAGAAUGCCAAACACUGAAUGCAGAACACCAAAUGACUCUAAAGGUUAGUGAUUAGGGUUAGGAAGCUGAGUGAAUCAAGUUUUAGGUCAGUUUCCCAUUUUAAUGUCCCUAAAAUUAAUGGAACUUGAUUCACUCAGUUUCCUAACCUUAAUCACUAAAGUUCAGAGUCAUUGGGUGUUCUGCUUUGGGCGUUAAGAGAAUGCAGAAUGCCAAAUGAUUCUGAAAUUUAGUGAUUAGGGUUAGGAAACUGUGUGAAUCAAGUUUCAGGUCAGUUUUUCUCAGUAUAAUGUUCCUAAAUGGAACCUGAUUCACUCAGUUUCCUUAGAAACCCUAAUCACUAAACUCAGAGUCAUUUGGCAUUCUGCAUUCAGCGUCCUUUAAAAUACCCCUACCACUAAUGCAAAGGUAAACCAGAAAUAAUGCAGCCCCAAAAGAAUUAACUUUUUACCGGUACUUUAGGUUAUCUCCAUUAUAUAAUAGUGUACGUAUAAUUUUAUAAUAAAUUAAGACUUCAAAGUUAAUUACCGGUACUAACAAUGUAUCAUGAUGUGGUGUUUGUCUUGACAGUGCAUUUUUAUUUUUCAGAUCCUCACAAACUGGGAAUUCGUUGUCGUGUUAAUGGAAAAGUCAUGCAAGACUCGAACACUGAGAAUUUAGCAUUUAAAACAGAGGAAUUAGUUUCUUAUAUAUCAAGGUGAGAGUUCAUCAAGCCUUAUCACAGGAAAUUUUUAUUGGUCUACACAGGUUGUGAAGACAGACAAGGUUUUCAUUUGCUUUCAUACGCGAAAAUGAGGGUGGUUAAAAAUUGCUCUUGUUUGUUUAGAAGUGCUGAAAAUCUAUGACCAAUACCCACAAAACUUAAUAGUGGAGCUCCAUGCCGGCAAAGCGCGCGAGUGGAGCCCCAUAGUUAAGAAAAUUUGGUAAUCUAUCCAUCUGAGAAAAUGUUAUGACAUCAGCAUAUGACCAAACGCUGACCAUACAGACUCUAGGGGAGGGGGAGGGGAGUAAGGAGUCAGCCUGUCGGGGGAGGAGUAUGUUAUAGCUGAGGUGAAUUUCAAGCACCCCACUCAUUUUGGCAGUAAAUCACAUGGUCAUGCGGACUUUUUAGAAAAAAAAAACGAGUCUUUCAUUCCACUAAAUUUUAAUGUCUACAUUAACUUGGAUAACAGGGAAAGAGGUAGAGUGAGAAAUAAAUAAUGGAGACCAAUUAUCUUCGUUGGAAGAAAAACAUGAAAAUUACAUAGCAGCGGUACGAGUGUACUGCACAUGCAAAGUUUUUUGUAUACCAUUCUCGUUGUUUUCAACUUGUCUACAGUAUUACUCAAUUUUAUAUUUUCUUUGAGGAAACUAUCAAUAUUAAAGAGAGCUCUUUUAGCCGUGCAUGUGGCUAAAUCUAUAUAUUUAACUUGUCCUCAAAUUUACUACCAAGAGUUUGUUGUGAAAUGAUGAUUGUUCAUCAUGCACUUAAAUGUUGAAAACCUUAACCAUCUUAAAUGGUGUUUAUCAAAAUUUAUUGGCACUUAAUACCUCAUUAAAAUUAAAAACUGAUGACUAAGCUGUGAUAUUGUGUCAGUAGAAAUGUUGUGGAGUAAAUUCUGGAAAUCAGGUUUAUUUUAGCAUCUUGUGGUGAUUUGGGUAUUAAAUUAUUAAUGUCACCCCCUUUCGCCCUCCUGUCCCUGUCCCCAUGUGAAUGCUCUGUGCCUCCCUUUGAAAAUAUAGUGAAACCCCGCCUUCUGGCCACCUUGGUAAUACGGUCACCUCGUUAUUACGGCCGCUUUUUUUGGCCACCUGGUAAAAAACUGUCAUACAUUUUCUUGUAAAAAACCCUUGUUAAUACGGCAAAAUGUUUUUGGCCCAUUGGUGACCGUAUUAACGGAGUUCAGCUGUAACUGUAAACCGUGAUGGAGUACCAGCAUGUUCUGUUGAUCCUGCAGGUUUGUUACCUUGUCACCAGGUGAUGUAGUUAUUACAGGAACUCCACCAGGGGUUGGAGUUUUUAGAAAGCCCCCUGUCUUUCUCAAGGUAUGUAUUCUUUCUCCUGUAUCUUUUUUCGUGACAGGAAAGUUGUGGCUUGCUUUUUAACAGCCGUCAUACAUACAGCUAUGAAGAACAGGAGUCAGAUUGUUCAAAUAAAAAUAGGAUUAUAACUUAACAUGUUAAACAAAGACUAGGGAAUUUCUCUCUUUUGAUAAGUUGGUGGUGAUGACAUUCACCCCUGCAAAAUCAACCUGUGUCCCAAAAUCUGUUCAAUCUAACACAGUUUUACUUCAAUCUGAAUCUGAAGUGCACUCUACCAAGUCAAACACACUAAUAACAAUAAUAUUUUGUUUGUUUCUUUGCUUUCAGAGGGGUGACGAAGUUGAAUGUGAAAUUGAUGAAAUAGGCUGCAUUUCAAACACAGUCCAGUAAAAGGGCUAUUAGUAUAUAAUUAUUAUAAUUAUAUUAAUAACAGUUCUGUUAAUCUUCAUGGAUUGUCGCAGAGAGUAUGUAAUCCAGACCCCUUUUGAAACAUCAGAUAACUAACUCAUUACCGUAGGCAUUUUGCAGUUCAGUAAUUUUUUGGGAAAAUCAAGAAACAAACUGUGAAUUAAGACACAAGACUCUUCAAAUCCUCUGCAUUCAGAAAGAGUUUGCAUUAAAAUCACUCUCAUAAGUACGUAAAUAAGACCCUUCAUCAAUACAGUCCAAUCUAUUUGGACAGUGAAACCUGCAUUAAGGAGGCAACUUCACUAUAAAGCAGACUAUAGCACCUGACUCAAAAAGCUCCAAAUGUUUGUUCCCAUAUUUUCUGCAUUGAACAGUACUAGUAAAACUCCCAUGGGUGUCUGCUGAAAUUAUGUUGGUUUUACUACAUCCAUAGUUCUUGUUUUGUUGUGUUCCAGUAUAGAGUUAGAGUUUUGCGUGAAGUGAAUUAAAGCAUGUUUUAUCAUCACCUUGUUUCAAAACGUUUCUGGAUAAUCACAGGCCAAUCCAUUCUUGUAUGUAACAGUAAAUUAAAAAGGCCUAUGCAAUCUGGUAUGAUCGGUUAUGACCAGGAUGUAAUGCUAAUGCACCCUUGUAUAUCUUAGUUUAGCUACUUACUGCAAUGUUAUGAAUGUAGUAAUUCAACUUUUCUUGUUUUAGAAGCUAUAGUUGCCAAUAAUCAAUGUGUUCUUGUCGUAGCUUUUAUUCUGUUUUGGAAUUAAAGACUGAGGUUAAUAUGCUUGUGUAAAUGUAACCAGUUGAAAAAAUCUGACAAGUCUCUAAUUACCACCACAUAAUCUGAUAUGGGUAACAAAAUAAAUAAGUGAAUGUAGUAAAUUAUGAUAACAC